AUUGAAUCAGUCACGAACAGGAUCCAAAUCGGAUCUUUGCUGUUCGUACGUGCUCGAAAUGCCGAUCGCCAAACAAAAAUGAAAGGAUGAGGAUCCAUUACUCGCCUGCUACAGUUGUAUUACUGGCAGACAGCCAACCAUGGUGAUAUCGCGCUCUGUGAUUUGGGGCCUUGUUCUGUUGUUGGGGCACUCUCGAGCGUUUGCCCCUUCCACCAUCCGUUCCAGAACAACAACUAGUACCCAAUUGAACUGGUUUCGCGUCAAAUCUACGGAACCAGAACUGUCCGAUGAUCAAGUUGAAGCCAUGUACGACGAUGCCUAUCGGGCACGAGAGGAGCUAGUAGCAAAAGCCGUGGCUUCUGCCGAAACAGCCGAGGAUGACGCCAAGUUUGGCUUUGGAGCUCGGAUUGAAUCUUUCAAGUGCUUGGUGGUGGGCGCCUUUUCCGGUGGCAUUGCUCUGGCUCCGGUAUCGCUGAUACGCGAUUGUGCCGUGGCGCAAAAAUCUCUGGCACAAUGGGAAUUCGAUACCGAUGCGGGAGCACUCGAGGCGGCACUGUUUGCCAUUGUAUACCGCUAUUGCAUCCGAGAAGAUACCAAUCCUCAACUCAAAGAUGGUGUAGUCGGUGCCUUUGUAUUGACGAGGACAUUGACACGGAUCGAGCUUCCUUCGUAUUGUUCGGCAGUGCCCGUCGAUUGUGGACCUCCUUUGGGGUACCUGGAUUGGAAUGUUCUUGGUCAGCUUCUGGUCAAUGGGAUUCAAAGUGGAAUAUUGUUUGCAGCGGCGGCAUCUGGUAUGGAAUACUGCUUUCGAAAAAACUACAUUUCCAAGUUUCCUGGAUGAUGGAUUAAAUAUCGGAUAAACAACAACAAUAUACCUCUCCAAUCAAUCAAUCAAUCAAUCAAAAUGGAUGAACGGAUCCAAGAUGCUUUCAGAGCUUGGAAUCCAGUCUUCCAAGGCGAAGAAAUAAGCGAACGUCGACAUGCAACUGUGCAAUAGCUGGCUAGGUGGCCACAUUAGUACCAAAAAGAUACGCCAAACUCAAACCAAACAACGUAUAUAAGGUACAGGUGGACAUCAAAACUACUAGUAACGAGAGGUCAUCUGUCAUUGCUUGUUUUUAGUGAUGCAUUACCCCUGGUAGCAGUGAUGGAAGCUCGGGCU